AUGGUUCUUGAUUUACCUCUUGUUAAGAUAAAGGGAUUCCUUCCCUCCACUCCCGUUGGGUCGGCAUCGCCGCCUGUAAUCAGCUCGUCCUCCGUUACUACUGGGUCUUCAAAGUCGGUUGAGGCUAAGGAUGCUCCUUAUGCGCCUCCUGCUCUUGAGAAGAUUCAGGUCCUCUUGGGUUCGUCUGUGUCUGAGAUCUCCCCCACUGUACCCAAAAAAAUUGCUAUGGCACUAGAGGUUCCGGCUUCUUCUUUUCCGAAUAACUCUUCUCCGACUCAAAAAACGAUCGAUGAUGCCUCAACUCCUGCUCGACUGGGGACUUCUACCGCUGCCGAGACUAGUCAGCCUCCAAGGGAAUCUCCUUGGGCAACCAAGUUUAAAAACUCUCUACAUAAUUUGAAACAUAUGAACCCUCCUUCCUUCUUAGAGGAUGGAACUCUUGUUAUUUUAAAUCCUCCUUUUGUGCUCUUGAAAACGGCAGAAAUGUGGAAGCGGCACCUUGUGGCUCAAUUUCACGGAUUAUGCCCUCACCUUCCGCGGGUUUUCUCUAAUCUUAAUCCGAUUUGGGGUAGAUAUGGGAACAUAACUAUUCCCAUCAUUACAGAAACAACGGCCAUGAUUUUCAUCCCUUUUUCCACCACUCGUCAAUGGGUAGCGGACAUUGGUUUCUGGCAAGCGGGAAACUGCGUGUGCAUGGUUUACCCUUGGUCUUCAGAAGGUCCGCUAGUAUUGGAAGAGCUCAGCACAGCUCCUACUUCGACAGUUCUUAAAAGAAUUCCGCCUCGGCUUUAUUCCUUAGAGGGAUUUAGUGUUAUAGCUAGCGGCAUUGGAAAGCCUCUUCAAACUAAGAAGUCCUAG